AUGUCAUUUCCUACCACGCAGUGCGCCACAGGCCGGAGUGCUCGUGCCCUCAUUGAAGGCGAAUACCACUCUGCAGCUGCUAUCAGUUCCGUUGUAUCUGGUUUCGUUUCCAAGCCAGCUGGAUGGGGAAAGUAUCGGGAUGGCGGGACGGAGGUGUACUUCUUCAUCGGAGAUUACCACGAUAUGGAUUUCUCUACCGCACCAGAUCCCGCCCAGUUCGGGGCCCAGCUGGCUGAACUCCACGAAAAGGGAACCUCGCCCAAUGGCAUGUUUGGGUACCCAGUCCCAACGGUGUGUGGUAGGAUGGAACGAACCGUGAAAUGGGAAAAGUCUUGGGCCGCCUCAUUCACUCACCAACUCAAGGACGUUAUCAAAUACGACAACGAAGCGAAUGAUCCUUGGCCUGAAUACGAUGCUCUCUGCAAGCAGCUCAUCGAUGUGGUCAUACCAAGAUCACUGGGAGCGUUACAGUCAGAGGGGCGCGAGAUAACGCCCGCGCUGAUCCAUGGCGAUUUAUGGGAGAACAAUAUAGGGAUCGACAAGGGAACAUGUGAAACCGUGGUGGUCGACCCCGGGAAGCCGGUCGACGAAUGGGACGACCGUAACCGGCUAUACAACGUCCACCCGUACCUCAAUGAUUGGGCGGGACAUCCAGGCAGCGCAUCGAGGCAAAUAGCCUACAACGACAUGCUGUACCUUUGCGAGAAGUAUGGUCCUCUAGACAGUCUGGAGAGAUACGAUCCCCAGAAGGACCUGAGUGUCACGGGAGCUUACACCCCGUUCGUCGUUUCGCAGCUGGAGUGA